AUGAGCCAUAAAGGACGGCAGGGAAGGAUGAGCGAGUGUUCCGGAGCAGCUGUAUCCGGAGUGGUGAUCCUGGAGGAGCCUGAGGUUUCAGGGGCAACCGGGGGCCGUCGGGAGGGCCAGGCCCAGGAUCAAGGUCCCCUCCGCUGUGCCGUUUGGCCACGCCAGCAGACAUGGCUGUGUGUGGUCCCUUUACUCAUCGGUUUCAUUGGCCUUGGAUUGAGCUUGAUGCUGUUGAAAUGGAUUGUAGUUGGCACAGUGCGGGAUUAUGUGCCGACGGACUUGGUGGAUGCUAAUCGAAUAGGCCAGGAUCCUAUCUUCCUCUCCAAGCCAAGCGGGAUUCCCAAAGGUCCCGAUACUACCACAACCACGAUUACUCCCACAGCUGAAGGCGGGAACCCCACGGCUAGAACUGUAACAGGUAGAGCUCGCUCCACCGCUACAACCACUACUAUAAACCCCCGAGGAGGUGGAGCCUCGGGGAGCCAAGUUACCCCUCGGAAUCCUGGAAAUCGUAACGGACGUGGACCUUCAGGUUUUACUACAACCACAGCGGCACCGAGGACCACCUUCAUAAUUGGAGCGGCGACAUCUAGCCCCUCUCCGUCCAAUCCGACGGUGCUACAUGACUCUACGCAGAUGUGGACCCCGGAGCAUACCACUACUGAGACCGCCUCCACUACUCUCACCACCCGUACUCAUGGCCACCGCAAAGCACCGUCUCCGACCGUCCCUCCGCUGCACUCGGAGCAUUUCAAACCCUGUCAUGAGAAGGACCUGGCGUACUGCCUGAACGGGGGCGAGUGCUUUGUCAUCGAGACGCUCAGCGGGCCCCACAAGCACUGCAAUUGUAAAACAAGCACAGGAUUGUCCCCCAGAGCGCAGUUUAGUGCUGUCGCUGUGCGAGGGCCGGAGAGCAAAGAGGUGUACAAGAGACAGGUGCUGUCACUCACAUGCAUCGCGAUGACUAUCAGCCUCCUGGGAACCCUGUGCAUGGCCCUCUACUGCCGCAACAAGAGACGCAGAGAGAAGCUCCAGGCUCAUCUGAAGGAGAGUCGCAGUCUGAAGAACUACUCUGCAAACUCCCACAACCCCCUGGAGGUCAAGCUGAGGACCCAGAGCACCAACCUGCAGAUGCACGAGUUCUGCAAACGCUCCUCGCCGCCCCGCCAGGGAAACGUGAGCGAGUCCAGCUUCGCUCACUGCAACAGCACCGCCGCCACCGCCGGGGCCGCGUCCAGCAUCUCCAGAGGAACCGCCAAACACCACAGCCCAGAUCAGAAAACCCGGACAGCCCAUUGGUCGGCGUCCCGCAGGACCCCGCCCAUUCCCAGAGGACGGCUAAAUCCAAUGGGAGUGUCCAAGUUUUCAGGCCCCGCCUACCAACACCUGCAGGAAGUCGACUCUACCGAGAAGGAAGCUGAGGCACAAAGACGCUGCCAAACACAGGGAGGGAACCCGGGCGACGACCCCCGACGAGAUGCCCUCCUACAUAUGCAAGCUCCUGUCCUCAUGGAGACGACGUCCCUGUCCCCUUGGAGCGGUGGCUCAGCGGUACGUUCAGGCCCGUGUGCUCCCUCCGAGUACACCGACUCGAGUCCCGCCACCCGCAGCCUGCGGAGGCCCGGCCGCCGCCAAGGCCACUCCCCGCCUCCUCCCUUUCGCUCCUGCUCCAUCCCCAUCAUCCCCUCCGUCCAGUGUCACCACGACAGCGAGGUGUCGUGUAUGCAAACCAGUGUCCCUCCGGGGACCGCCGCGAAGUCCGUCCCCUGCGGAGCCACGCCCUGCAAGGACGAGAGGAGGGGGAGGUCGUCUUCUUCCUGCUCGCCCGUCAUUGGCCAGCAGCAGGAUGAGGUGGCGCUGCUGCUGGAGGAGGCGCAGGAGCAGCUCUGGGCGUUGGCCCAGGCUCACAGGAAGCAGGAGGAGGGCGGGGUCAUCAGUGGCGGAAUGGCGGCGGCGCCGGUGGAGGCCAGAGAAACAGUUUGCUUCCUGAACCUUAUCGGAGGAGGCGCUGGCGUGCUGAGCUGUAACGGACCAACGCAGACCCAGUUACUCAGCCCCAGCCUAUCACACAGAGACCUGGGCCACGCCGGCCAAUGA